AUGGCGCUGCAGAAGCAUCAAAAGAGUGACGAACAGAGGCCCAUCCCAGUCUCAGUCAGUAUGGCCGUCAUGUCCAACGUAGGUUCUACCACCAGCCUCACUCCCUCCAAAUUUGUCGCCAUACUCGCCACACAAGACGAUUUUUCUGACAGCGACGAAGAUUUGGAGGCUAAGCGACAGGGUUGGGUGAUUGACAGCGAUAGUGGGGAGGUUGGGGAAUCAAGUGACGAUGCUGACGGCAUCUCUGUCUAUUUCACGAGUGACCAGGAGGAGGAGGAGAAGGUAGACGCGGAAGAACAUCAACAGCAAGACACACAGCCUGAACCCAGCCAUACUUUGGUUCAGGAAUUUCAAUGGACACCGGGGGACAAUUUCAUACCACAAUUGCAUGACUUUGACCCUAGUAACUCGGGUCUGCGUUCUGCCUGGCCCUGCGACAAUGAAGCGACUGAGAAGGACUUCUUCAGGGCCUUUUUCGACGACGACAUCUUGGGGGUCAUCGUCAACGAAACAAACAAGUACUAUGCCUGGGUGAAACACAAGACGGAGGUCAUUAGCCCCCGCAGUCGUUUUACCUCCUGGGUUGAUACUACUCCUGAGGAGCUACUUGUGUUCAUGGCCCUAGCUCUGGUGAUGCCCCUAAUCAAGAAGCAUGCCCUUCGAGAUUACUGGAAGCGUGAUCCAAUGAUAUCAACACCCCUAUUCCCCAAGUUCAUGUCUAGGGACCGCUACCUAAUGUUGAUGUCAUUCCUUCAUUUCGCAAACAACGACCAGCCCAACAAGGAAGAUCGCCUGUGGAAGAUUCGACCCAUUAUGUCCAUGAUCCUCAAGAACUACAGGAAAUACUUUUACCCUUUUAGGAAAGUAGUGAUUGAUGAAAGCCUGAUGCUGUUCAAAGGAAGGGUAGCUUUCAAGCAGUAUAUUCCAUCAAAGCGCCACCGUUUCGGAGUAAAGCUAUUCGUACUCUGUGAUUGCGAGACAGGCUUCAUUCUAGACUUCAUUGUGUACUCUGGCACCGACACCGACAUUCCGAAGUUACGUCCUGGCGAUCCUCUGGGCUUAUCAGGACAGAUAGUAAAGAAAAUGAUGGAACCCUACACCGGCAGUGGGCAUGUACUCUUUACCGAUAACUGGUAUACCAGCCCAUACCUUUGUGAGUACCUGCAUGAACAGAAGACAGGCAUGUGUGGCACAGUCAAGGCCAAGAGAAAGUACAUGCCCAAGUUUCAUAGGGAUGACCAAGUUCUCCUUCCACACCCCAGCAGUAGUGAGACUCCUGAUACUGAAGACGAUAGCAAAAUCACGGCCCACAUCAAACGUCGACAGAAGAGGGCAAAGAAACCUAGAACCAUAACCCGCCGUCAGACUGAGAAGAUCCUGGCCAUAAAAUGGACUGACAGGAGGGAUGUUCACUUACUUUCCACCAUCCACGAAGGAAAAAUCAAAGAAACUGACAAAAAACACUAUAGAACCGGCAAGCCCAUCAAGAAGCCCGACGUCGUCAUCGAUUACAUCGAAAACAUGCGUCUCAUUGAUAAAUCAGACUGCAUGUUGAGUGGCGUCGAGUGUGUCAGAAAGUCGACGAAAUGGUACCAGAAACUUUUUUUUCACCUAGUUGACCUGACAAUGCUGAAUGCUUACAACGCCUGGUUGGUGGCCCGCUACGACCCCACGAAGCCUAAGAUCAAGUUCAGGGAUUUUGUGUAUAACGUGUCAUAUCAGCUCCUUGAGGAACAUGGCACUGUCACAUCACUGACACGGGGUCGUCGCAGUACGAUGAGACCAGACAGGCUUCAAGGGGCAGCCUACAUUUCCAGACAUCACUUGGCACUGACACCAAAGAAGCCUGGUGAAAACAGACACUGCCUUGUACAGUGUGUUGUCUGUAAACUGAAAAACAAGAGAACCCGAGUGACGAGUUUGUGCCCUGAGUGUGACGUGGGGCUGUGCCUCGGGGACUGCUUUUUGCGGUGGCACACACAGAAAAACCCAUAGAGAAAACGAAAAACUCACCAAAAACAGUGUCUGUGUAAAUAUGUACAGUAUAGUUAUAGUGUAAGGAAAAUAGUUAUGUUACUGUGAGUACUAUGACUGUAAAAUAAGUUAUGUACGUAUCAUAAGCUAAGGUAUACAAUAGUGGAUACUUUUUUUUUUUAUAUAAAAUGAUAUAUUCUGUUCGGUAUUUGUAAAUACAGGAAACAUUAUUUAUGCAAAAAAGGCAAAUAUGUAACUGUGCAAUGUAAACUACAUGUGCAUAGACUGUGUUAUACGAUUUCAUGCACUUCAUUUUGUGUGGUAAAAUUCAUCACAUACUGAAAAUUCUUAUCAUGUACAAAUACACACAACAUAUACAGACAGUCUAACAGCAGAACAUCGUCUCUGAGAAGCGGGAGUCGCAUUAUUGCGUUCCGCUGGAGGCCCCAGCUUCCCCCACCCUCCCUCCUUCGCCCGGGACGGAGCGGAGGUUGCCAAAUCACGCCGCACUCCAACUUCAAGGCUCUGUUGCGGCGAAACUAAAUUGAGUAUUGCCAAAAUAUUUUACCAGUAUAUGCGCAUAAUAAGUAUAUUGAUGAUAAAAAUGUUUCCAUUCAAUUUUGUAACACUCGAUUUUUUCGUGAUUUAGCCGGAUCACGGGGGGGUGCCCAUAUACCUCUGAUCGGAUCGUACGGGUUAA